AGAACUAUGCCCUACAGAGGCAGAGAGAAACUACAGGAUCCGGAUGACGGUUAGAGAGUUAUCACCCUCCAAUUAUUUGAAAGUAUAUACGCGAAAUGGCCUCAAUCGUAUCGAAAACAUUUUUGAUGAUGAUGGUCUUCUUAAUGUCUCCGGGGCUGAUCAGAACCGCUUUCACCCAGACAGCAACAGAAUAUAACAUGACCACGCCCAUCGCCAAGCCCACUUCAACUGCAUCGUCGAACACCACGCCAUCUCUUUCCGCAACCAGUCAUGGCGCCAUCGACGUAACACUGUCUACCAAUGGCGACGCACUUGGGGAAGAUGUCUCCAAGAGAAUGCACCCGGUAGCUGCAACCACAAGUGGUUAUUGGUCCAGCAAUGAUGAGGAGGAAACCACAUCCGAAGUGCUUUCGUCAUCAGAGAUUAACCCUGCAACAGAAUUCACAGACUUCGAUUCAGGUGAUUCAGAAUGGAUUUGGGAACCGCUAUCGUGGCAAUGGGACAUCAUCCUCCAACUCAUCUCAGCCAUUGUAGGAAUCCUUGGUAACCUAUUGGUAAUCGUGGUCAUUUUCAGCCGUCGUUCGUCUGGUCGAACAACCGACAUCCUCAUCGGAAGCCUGGCCGUAGCUGACCUCUUGACAUCAGUUGCCAUCGUUCCUUAUCCGACCCCAAUCCGCGUACCCCAUUCAUGGCAAGGAAUGCUUUGGUGUAUAGUGAUGUACCAGAACUUUCCUCUCUGGUUACCUGUCACCGCUUCCUCCUACAUCCUAAUGGCAAUGUCCGUAGAGAGGUACAUCGCCGUUGUCUAUCCUCUCAGGUUCAGUCGUAUCGUGACUUUCCGACGUGUGAACAUCGUCAUCAUCCUCAUAUGGUUGCUCGCUUGCCUGUCGCUUCUUUUUGCCUUCUUUGUCACAGGGAUUGACGAAACAUAUGGAUUCUGCACACUGACUCUGACCUCCCGUCACGAACUGGCAGCAAUGGGUUACUACUGGUUCUGUCUUCGGAUCGUCGUACCUGUUGCAACAAUGCUCAUCACGCAGUCCCUGAUCGCUCUCGAGCUUCACCGUCAGUCGAAGAAUUUCCGAGGGAAUAACAAUUCCACGAACUCUUUCCACGUUGUCGCUCGAAAUCGCGUGCUCAAAAUCAUGUUAGAGAUCAUCAUCAUCUACAUCGUUUGUUGGUUGCCUAACCAGGUGGCCUUCUUGGGCGUCAUCGUUGGCUUCAUAGAGUGGUCGGAAUAUAUCGGUACUCCACUUCAUCGGGUUCUUACGGUCAUCGGUUUCUACAACAGCUGUUUAAAUCCUUUCAUCUACGCCGCACAGCAUCCGCAGUUCAGGCGCGCAACAAAGGAACUUUUUACUGGAAAAAUCAACAAAAAAUCAUCCAUAUUCAGUACAAACAAACCUGAUUCAAGCGACAACAAUAGAAGUAGGCCUAAAGACCCGUCGGUCGUUUGAAAGACAUUAUAUACCUCAUGUUAAGGUUGUUAUCUCUGAUUGGUCAAAACUGCAUCAUGUGAUUCCGUCUAUCAUCGUCUCAGGGGUUUGACUUACUGUACAUUUCUUCUAUCAAACCCUCUGAUAGUGCUCUUAACCCCUGAGGGCGGGGCCACAAGUUGCGUUUCGGCCAAGCCUCGGGUGAUAAAAGGGCCGGUAUGAAAAGCACCUCGGGAAUGAUAAUCUACACAGUCAUCCUCAUGCGCAGUAAAAUAAUCAUGAUUAUUCUGUGUAUUACGUUUAUCUUUAAUAUUGAAAUAAAAAGAACAAAAAUAAAACACAACAAACAUAAAGCAUAAUGACGAGGGCAUAGGCCUUAGUAGUAUAAUCAAUCUGUUUUAAUCAUUAUACUUUUUGAUGGGGAAAACUAUUGGUUCUAGACGUUGUACGCCGAUAGAGCUUACAAGCGACAGAUUGUUAUCCUUGUUACCCCCUCUUCUUUUGACUUUGACCCCCUUCAAUUCCCCCCAUACCCCCUCCUCCUGUCCCACUAUCCCCUCUCUCUGCUUUGAUCCUUUUUACAACCUAUGCCUUCUAAACCUCAAGUUUAUAACCACAAUAUUGUCCAAUGUGAAGUAGGCCAAGUAGGUUCGAGAGGAAAAUGUGUGCUCAUGUUAUUUUUCCAGGAUCAUGAUCCUAAAUUGUUGUGUUAAGUGGCAACAUUGUAUGUAAUUUCGUAUAUUCCUUCUUACGUGUUUUAUGGAUCUCUAUGAAAAAAUCAUACCAUAGGGUAUGUAAUGAAAUCAGUAUGUACAAGACUUUGAAUUAUUUAUAGCAAAAUAAAGACAUUUCUAUUGUUAUACCAUGUGUACAGGAACGGACAAAAUAACGACAUAAUUAGUGAUAGCGUACUCCAUUAAAUAUGCACUCAGAACAGAUGUAGCAAGAUUAAACAAUUACUGAAGGAAAUAGAAAGACACAUUUUUCUGUCAUUUUUUUCUAAAUAUAAAUCAUAUUUUAUUGAUAACAUCACGGCAACGGCAUGUAGUACAAUUUCCACUUUAAACAUAUCAACUUUUGGUACCACAGGGGUAGGUAUCACCUUGCAAUGGACCUUUUAAAAUAAGUAACCGAUAUUGGAUGAACCCCUUUUUACUGUUCAUACGGGCAUCAUGCAGAUUUAUUAUUUCAAUAUAAAAGGUAAAUAUAGAUAGAUCAAUAGUUUGUUAAUAUAUAUCAAAACAUCAUAUUGCAAUGUAUUUACAAGGUAAUAAUGGCACAAAAAGUGUUCGAACAAUAACCAAGAUAUUGACAUGAUAUCAAAAUUACUUGUCAUUGUGAGAAUUUUAAUUCAGCUUCUCCAGCAUUCAAUUUAUUCCAAGAACUUACAGAUAAUUUCUCGAAAGCUAUAAUUAAAUAGUAAAAUAUUGUUCAAGCUAUCUAUACGUUUAACUGUCGAGUCCUGUAAAGAAUCAAUUUUUGUACCAGAAAAUUUGAUGUCCGUAUUAAGUCAUUUGUUUCCUAGGGGUCAAAGAUACGUAAAAUGUGAAAGAGUGCAAGAGUUAUUUGUUUGUUUAUUUAUUUAUUUAUUAUUUAUUUGUUUUCUUUAUUUUAUACUGCCGUGUAGGCCUGUUAUGCAAAACCGAUUUCCAAAGGCGCCCUGCAGUGUAACAAAUAACUCAACAUUAUAGCAAUUCAAUAAUUAAGUAAAAUAGAAUACAUUAUACAUGUAGAGUGAAUCAACUAGUAUCAUGGAAUCAUUACAUCAAGUUAUUCAGCGUAAUUACAUGUCUGACAGUCAGAAUUUUAAUGAUUUACAGUGUUUUUAAUGCAUGGAGGGACGUGCAUUUUUGUAUAUCACAGGGGAGCAAAAUAGAUAAGACGACAGCAACAUAUUAAAAAAAAAUUAUUUUAUAAUCCGUCCUUGGGCAGGGUAUUUGAAGGGGAAAUCAAUCAGAAUAUCGUUUUUGAUAAGUUACAUUACGUUUGCAGAUAAGCGGUUCCAGAUAGAUUGGUGCUAAAUCGAUCGUAUUUUGAAAGCAAGAACACAAUAUUAAUAUUUGAUACGUUCCUCCACUGUUUGCCAUUCGAGUGGAGACAACAAUUCAUGUUGGGGAGUAGGAUAGUCCUUAUUCAAAAUUAUUCGGGCAUACUUUUUCUGCAGUUUUGGUAUCUUUCUUUUGUUGGUUUUUGCACAGCUUCCCCAAGAUGUACAACAAUGAUCAAUGUAAGGUAAAAUAAUGGCAAAAUAUAAAUUCUUAAGAUUCCUAGGC